UUUCAAAUUUUUAGAUAAAAACAAGUUUAUUUGUUCUGAAGAAAGAUUCAUAUCUUUCACUUUAUUAUUAAUUUAUACAACAUAAAUUAAAUUUUCUUAAAUUACAAAUUAUGUCGGCAGCACGUGCAAGUUCACAAAUUCUCAACAAAUUACUAUCGAAUAAUCCAAUUCGAGGAAUACUAUCACAAAGAUACAUGACCCAUUAUCCCGUGAAUGACCAAGUCUAUGGAUUAGACGAAGAAAAACAAAAGCUCAGGGAGACAGCUUUCAAUUUCUUCCAAAAAGAAUUGGCCCCAUUUGCCAAUGAGAUCGAUAAAAAUGAUAACUUCAAAGACUUACGUGCUUUUUGGCAGAAAAUGGGAGCUCUAGGUUUUCAUGGAAUAACCGCAGAUCCCGAAUUUGGAGGAACUGGUGGCACGUAUCUUGACCAUUGCAUUAUAAUGGAAGAAAUUUCAAGAGCUGCCGGAGGUGUUGGCUUAUCUUAUGGAGCACAUUCAAAUCUAUGCAUAAAUCAGCUAACAAAAAAUGGAACUCUUGAGCAGAAGCAAAAGUAUUUGCCAAAGCUCUGCAGUGGAGAGCAUAUCGGAGCUCUGGCAAUGUCGGAACCAGGUUCUGGAAGUGAUGUGGUCUCGAUGAAGCUACGAGCUGAGAAAAAGGGUGACCAUUAUGUAUUGAAUGGCAGUAAAUUCUGGAUUACAAAUGGAUCUGAUGCCGAUGUCUUAAUUGUUUAUGCCAAAACUGCAACUGGUACCGCUGACAAGCAUGCAAUUACCGCCUUCAUUAUCGAAACCGAUUGGGAAGGAUUUAGUGUUGGUAAAAAAUUAGAUAAAUUGGGUAUGCGUGGCAGCAGUACAUGUGAGCUGAUAUUCCAAGAUUUGAAAGUACCAGAAAAAAAUAUCUUGGGUGAAGUAAACAAAGGUGUUUACGUCUUAAUGUCUGGGUUAGAUUAUGAACGCCUAGUUUUGGCAGCUGGGCCAGUUGGAGUAAUGCAAGCUGCUUGUGACAUUUCAUUCGACUAUGCUCACCAGCGUAAACAGAAAAAUCAACUUAUUGGUGAAUUCCAAUUGAUUCAAGGCAAAAUGGCCGAUAUGUAUACGAAUCUAAGUGCAUGUCGUUCUUAUUUGUACAGCCUGGCAAGAGCCGCUGAUUUGGGUUACAAAAGCCCCAAAGAUUGUGCUGGUGUUAUUUUAUAUUGUGCCGAAAACGCAACUAAAGUUGCCUUGGAUGCUAUACAAAUUCUUGGAGGAAAUGGAUAUAUCAAUGACUAUCCAACAGGACGAUUCUUGAGAGAUGCUAAACUUUAUGAAAUCGGUGCUGGAACUUCGGAAAUUAGACGUUGGUUGAUUGGAAGGGAACUUAACAAAGAGUAUGCUUAAUUAUUAGAUUUAAGAAAAAAAUUGAAAUCAGUUAAGACUUUAUAGAUGCAUUUAUUUUAUUGUUAAAC